CGUAACUUUUUUAUUGAACAGUUUGGCAAAAUUUGACAAGUUUGGAGGACUUGACCGUGGGAUAUUCAUCUCUCCCUUCCAACUUUAUUCAAGAUAUUGGAACACUGACUUCUCUUAAGAAUUUGUUCCUGUACUAUUGUGAGGUGAAUGGCAACCUCUCUAUGCAUGGCCUACUUCAUUUGAAGAAUUUGGAAUCUUUACGCAUAUACUCCACUCCCCUGGAAAACAACAUUCUUCAAACAAUUGGAGCAAUGCCUUCUUUGAAGUUUUUAUCAUUAUGGAAUUGUGGACUCAAUGGCACCUUACCAAAACAAGGAUUUUGUGAAUCGACGCAUCUUCGAGAGGUUGAUAUCGACUAUAAUAAUCUAAAGGGUAAUUUAUCGGAAUGCUUCUCCAACUUCACGUCCCUUGAAAAUAUAGAUCUCUCUUCCAAUCAAUUUUCUGGUAAUAUAUUUUUCCUUAAGAGUCUAACGUCCCUCAGUACGUUGAGACUUUCAAAUAAUAACUUUCAAAUCCCCAGCUCAUUAGAACCCUUCUUCAACCUUUCAAAGCUCAAGUAUAUCUAUGCAGACAAUAAUUCCAUAUAUGCUGAAACCGAGAUGCAUCAUUUGAGCCCAAGAUUCCAACUGAAUAGGAUCAGUUUAUCUUGUUGUGGAGAUGUUGGAUCAUUUCCUCAAUUCCUCUAUCAUCAACAUGACUUGCAGUUUGUUGAUCUCUCUAACAUCUAUUUCAAGGGAGAGCAGUUCCCAGGUUGGUUGUUGGGAAACAACAAGAAAUUACAGUCACUAAUUCUCAUCAACAACUCCCUAUCGGGACCUUUUCGGCUACCAUUCGCUUCACAUUUGGAUUUAUCAGGUUUAGAUGUCUCCAUCAAUUUCUUCAAUGGCAGCAUCCCAACAGAAAUUGGAGCAAAACUACCAUCGUUAACGUUUCUGAACAUGUCAAAAAAUUCUUUUGGCGGUAGCAUUCCGGCUUCCAUCGGUGGUAUGAAUUCCCUACGAUCCUUGGACUUGUCUAACAAUCAAUUGUCGGGUGGAUUACCCGAACACUUGGCCAUGGGCUGCUCCUUAUUAAGUGUCCUCAUAUUAUCAAACAACAGACUGCAAGGCCAGAUUUUCUCUGCAAAUUUUAGCCUGACAAACUUGAGAGAGUUGCAAGUGGAUGGGAAUAACUUCUCUGGAAGCAUCCCAGAUUGUUUGUCUAAUUGCUCAUUUUUGUCAAUAUUGGAUGUUAGCAAUAAUCAACUCUUUGAUGAGAUACCAAGAUGGAUGGAGAAUUUGUCAAGAUUGUCUAGGUUAGAUUUAAGCAAUAACGCAAUUUUUGGUGGGAUACCGAAGUGGAUGGGGAAUAUGUCAAGUUUGGAAGAAAUUAUCAUGGCAAAUAAUCAUCUUGGAGGUUCAAUCCCUGUGGAGUUUUGCCAGCUCAAUCUUAAACUUAAACUUCUGGACCUUUCAGCUAAUGACAUCUCUGGGAGUCUACCAUCUUGUUUCAGCCCUUUACGGAUUAGUCAAGUUCAUUUAUCUAAAAACAAGCUACAAGGGCAGCUAACAAAUGCAUUUCGUAACAGCAAUCUUUUGGUGACAUUAGACCUCAGCAAUAACCACUUAAGUGGAAACAUUCCAAAUUGGAUUGGCAAGCUUUAUCAAUUGAGUUAUCUUCUCCUAAAUAACAACCAUUUUGAAGGUGAGAUUCCAAUUCAGUUAUGCAAGCUGGGUCACUUAAGCUUGAUUGAUCUUUCUCACAAUAAUCUUUCUGGUAUUAUUCCGUCUUGCUUGAAGAUUACAACACUGAACGAUGUAUCCCAAGAUUAUGUCCAUUAUGUCACUACUGUUGCCCUAGUUAAUACUUCUUUCUCCACUGAAGAGCCAAUAGAGUUCACAACGAAAAACAUAUCUUACUCUUACAAGGGAAAAAUCCUUACAAUCCUGUCUGGAAUUGAUCUCUCUUGCAACAAGUUGACUGGUGAGAUACCCCACAAAGUCGAAAACUUCCUGAAGAUUUUUGCUUUGAACUUAUCUCACAACAGUUUGACAGGACCAAUCCCAGCAGCACUUUCUAAGCUUAGGCAAAUUGAGAGUCUAGAUCUUUCUUACAACAACUUGAGCGGGAAAAUCCCUCCUCAACUUGUGGGGUUAUCUUUCUUGUCUUUUUUCAGUGUGGCAUACAAUAAUUUAUCUGGAAGUACACCUGAAAGGACCGCACAAUUUGCAACAUUUGAAGAAAGCAGCUACCUGGGAAAUCUUUUUCUUUGUGGUCCACCGUUGCAGAAGAGCUGCUCUGCAACUGAACCAUCAUUGAUACAAAAGGCUAGAGAAGAAGAUGGUUCAAUUGACAUGGAUGUCUUUUUUGUGAGUUUCAUUGUGUCUUACAUAAUAGUGCUAUUGGGUUUUGCUGUUGUGCUUUACAUAAAUCCUAAUUGGAGGCGAGCAUGGUUCUAUCAUAUCGAAAUGGGCAUUACUUCAUGCUUCAAUUUUGUGGUAGACAAUCUCCCCAGAGAAUUCCAUUGUUGAAUAUGUAGCCAAUAGAUUUACAUUUCCACCAAAAAGCUUCAAACUUUUACCUUUCUUGUUAAGAAUUUGAAUAAAGAGCCUGUCUAUGGAAAUUCUACUACAAUAUGUUUCUUGCCCAAUUAAUCAUUUUGCAAGUAGCAAGCUUGGAUCA